CGUUCCCGCGAAACGCCAAUUCACAAGCGUGCAUAAGCGUACGCACUUCGCGCCACGGCGUGAGCGUGAGACGUGCCUCUGCUUCCUCGUGUCUCCUCUUCGAGUGGUAUAAUUGUUCCGAGUGUGCAUCCGCGACUACGAGUGCGUACUUUGACAGUGAACCAUCGAUGUGAGUAUCGUUGACAGAACGACGAGACGAAUCGAGCGGGACGUACACGGAUGUGCGCGACGAACGACCGCACGGCUUCGGCGGGCACUCGCGUCUUCCGCUCAUUGCGCGCGACCCUUCGGACCUGAUGCAUCCGAUGCCCCCGGAAGGUACGUGUCCGCUGCUUGAUCGGCGCCGAUUAUUGCGCUGCACGGGGUGAUUUUACCCGAGGAAGCCAGCCGACAGGUGUUCGCCGUGAUCAGGACGCCGAUCGCGGAGUCACGCAUUGGACGCCCGGAGAAUUCAGGAUCCACGUGCACGGGAGGCAGUGCCCAGGAAAGCGGGCAUCGUGUCGGCGUUGCGCACGAAGUACGCCACGGAAAUUUGCCAAAAUCUGCCCCCUCUUUGAGGUUAUGUGGCGCGUAUAGAGGGCGUUACGGUGCACGCAGGGGUUGGUCGUCCUUUCGCGCGCUGCUCUCCCGCGCUUUGACAUCCACGUCCCUUAUUUUUAUCGGUGUACCGUGAUUUUCGGGCACGCGCGCCACCAGGAAGGGCAUGUAAAUAAAUCGAAUGAAUUUCCCGAGCGUCGAAAUUGCCGGCGGGCGGGAAUCGUGAGUCGACACGUCGAAUCAAGGCCCGCCAAGAGGACGUGCAUUAUGGCGAUCGGAUGCGCGUAGGGAUUCGCGCGCUCCUCCACUUUUCGCCGUUUUUCCAAGGAAAUUGUCGCCCUUGCCCUGGAAAAAUCGCGCGCAAGCUUCAUCGGGGAACCACCGCUGCCGCUGGCACUCGGGGAGAAUUUAUUCCGUGACCAAAUAGUUUCUGUACACGUCGACAAUCCCGCGGCAAGAUGCCACAGACCAGUUUGCAGGAGAAGAAGUCGUCACAGACCUAUUUACAAGGCGGCAAGGCACAGUCGUUAAAGCGCAAGAGGCGCGCAACAGAGCUCUCAGAGGACUCGGAGAACAUAUAUCCACCUAGUAAAGUGUCUCACGUCUCAUACUCCGAGUCCUGCCACACCACACAUUCUUUAGACAAUGCGUGCACUCCCCAACACCAGACGUCUCCAUUGAAGGAACAGCAGGAGCCGGCCACGUGGUCCGAGUUGAGAACUGCAACCUGUUUCUUGACACCGUCGGCGUCUAAUGCCUCCAACAGACCUAGUCCAUUACCGUGUCUUCCUUGGGCUGAUGGCUCCCAAGUAUGGUCGCUCAUGUGCCUUGCGGAUCAGAAGACUCUGGUUCAAAGGGAUCCAGAAAUGUUCCAGAGGCAUCCGACACUGCAACCACGGAUGAGAGCGAUUUUGCUGGACUGGCUGAUCGAAGUCUGCGAAGUCUACAAGCUACAUAGAGAGACUUAUUACCUUGCGAUGGAUUACAUAGACAGAUAUCUCUCUACUCAUCACAACGUACCCAAAAAUGAGUUGCAACUCAUAGGCAUCACUUGCCUUUUUAUCGCUUCUAAGGUCGAAGAGAUCUAUCCACCAAAAAUCGCGGAAUUCGCGUACGUUACUGACGGAGCCUGCACGGAGGAGGAGAUCCUUGGAAAAGAGUUGAUGAUCCUGAAGGGACUCGGGUGGAAUCUCUCCCCGAUAACCGCCCCGAGCUGGCUCAACAUUUACAUGCAGAUCGAGUCGAGCGACUCCACCAGACCGACCACCUUCAUAUACCCACAGUAUGGUGGACUGCAGUACUCGCAAGCGGCUCAGCUGUUGGACCUGGCGACCUUGGACGAGGGUUGCCUGAAAUUCCCGUACAGUCAUAUAGCCGCGGCGGCGCUCUAUCACACCCAGGGAAGGGAGUAUGCGUUGAGGGUGUCUCGACUCACGUGGGAGCAACUCGACCCUUGCGUCAAGUGGCUCACGGCGUUCGCCACUACCGUGGCGGAAGAGGAUUCCCAAGCUCUUUUAAGGUCCACGUUUGCCCCGUCCGAGUCCAACUCCGGAUCCGGGCUGAAGGCUACCGUACCCAACAUCGUCGUGGACGAGUCGCAUCGCAUACAAACUCAUGUGGUCGACUUGAAUAUGCUGGAGAAGGCUCAGCAACGAUUGGCCGGAGACAUUGCGAGCGGCUACGUGAACGACUCCGACACGAACGUCGAAUCCGGUAGACAAAGCCCGAACGAGAGCGGCUGCUUACUGACUCCGCCGUCCAGUAGCCAAAAGAAUUCGCCGGUACCAGCGUGUCCGACGCCACAGUUACAUCCUUACACAUAAUCAGCUGUUUCGUUUCACGGGAAACUGAGUACUCGGCGCGGAUAAAUUUUUAUUUGCUGUAUUUGGUAUUGGCGAUCGGGAGGAUUGCGCGAGAGAACGUGAAUCGAGUACUCCAGGGCGAAGGGGUGCUCUUAGGUGCACAUACGCGGGGAUUAAUGUCGGGUUUUUUGACACGUUAUUGUAAAUAAUACGAUGCUUCCUAAUUACAUCCGUCAUUUACGCGAACGAUCGCAGUAAUAACGAUAGCUUUAGUAAUAACGAUGGGAAAGUCAGUAAAAAUAUCGAGUGUGUUUAAUCGAGGAAGUGCGGAAGGUAACGCGAAAUUAAUUAAUUUAACAUCACCUUAAUUCAUUUACAGACAGAUAGAGGAAGUGCCUCAUAUCAAUGCAUUUGUAAACUUAAAUAGGAGCCGUGUGUGGCUACUCUCUGUGAUUAUACCCCUGCAGUGAAACUUCGCACUUUACAGUUAACAAAUUAGGAUAAAUUUAUGUUUAUUAUUCUCAAUAAAUGUAAACGUAAAAAAGAUAGAUUAAUGUGUAUAAGAAGUGCCUUUAAAUAAUUAUCUGUCCAUGUUUGAGAGAGAGAGAGAGAAUUAUGUUUGCACAUACGCAUGCGUGUGUGUAUUAUGUAUGAGAGAGAAAGGGCCAGCGCGAGGGUUGUAAAUAAUAUUUUUUAUAUAAUUUGCUUUAUUGUAAUACAAUGUGUACGACUGAAUGUGUUCGCCGUGCUGUAUGAGUGUAUUUUGAUACGUAUAUUCUAAAGUCCUGCCGCAAAGAAGAAACAGUCGCCUUUAUUCUUAAAAUCGAGCGAGUAAAUGGUGAGGGAUGAACGGGGUCGAGGAAGAGGGACUCGCGGAGUGUGAAACAAAAAGAAAAAGAAAAAAAAGAAAGACUAUAAUCCUUAAUAAAUAAGCAUUAAAAUUGUCUGGUGGUGUCGCGCUGUCUCGCACGUAGUAUCGCGGAGGUUUAUACACAUUUGUAUGAAGAGUUUUUGACAAUAAAUACCCACAAAUCUCUAUA